AUGGAUUUCAAUAACCCUAAUGCGUAUGGCGGCCAGUUCGCCAAUUCCCCGCAACACGCCCAAUUCGAUGCACAGGCGCGGCUCCAGCAACAAGCCAACCCACAUGGGCAGUAUGGGCAGUCCCCGUCGUUCCCGGGCAUGGGUGGCGCUAUGGGGAGCAAUGGCAUUCAGCCAGGAGCCCCGUAUCUCCAGCAGCGAGGUAAGCCACAGCAGCAACACCAGCUGUCGUCGCCGAGCCCCUACUCGAAUGCGCCCUAUGCGCAGACGAUGCCCUCGCCUGCCCACCACCAGUUUGCCCAGAACCGCCAGACGGCCUCCCCUGCCAGCACCACUGGCCAGGCACCCUAUGCGACACCGCAGCCACAGCCCUCGCCCAGCAGCAUGCAGACCAACGGCCAGCAGACGCCCAUGAACCUCCAGUUGCCCGUCAAGGCGGAGCCGCCCCAGGUCCAGACGCCCGUCAAGCAAGUGCCCCCGUCGCCAGUGUCGCCCGCAAACCCGGCGCGUAACGCAGACCGCGUCGCAACCCUCCUCGACAUCAACAGCAUCCUCAUCAAAGAGGUCUGCGAGCUCCAGACCCAGGGCAAGGCAGGCCAAGUAGGGCCCACACCAGAAGGGAAGCCCGAAGGCGACAAACCGCAGCCAUCCAAGGACUACAUGCGCCGCCUCCAGGCAAACCUCGCCUACCUUGCGCAAAAUGCGGAGAAGGUUCCCAAGCCUGGUCAACAGUUACAACCGGGGCCCGCCAUCAUGUCGAUACCCGCCUCACCCGCCGAGCUUGCCAAGCUAUAUACGAAGCUGCAGGAGCUGUUCCCAGGAUGGAAGGGCCAAACCCCCCAAAUGAAGCAGUCGCCCGGGCCGCAACGGAUGAACUCGAAUGCGUCACAACCACCAAAUAGCGCAGGCCUGCAGCAAAACUGGGGGCAGAAUGCUAUGCAGCAAGGCAUGCAGCAAUCACAACAGCAACAACAAACCAAGCAGGAGAACCAAUAAGGGCGGGAUAGCAACCUCCAUCGCAGGCGUAUGGACGGCGUUACUGUACUUUUAUACCUCGUGUAAUAUUGGCGUAGGCAACAUGUGCUUGUUAUGGUUUCUUUUUUGAGAGAAUGCGCAGGGUAGCUGGACAUCCGGUACUUAUGGAAUUAUUAGGCACGAGCAGUCCAAUUGAGGGAGCGUCUGUGGAUAGGCGAUUCAUAUUGGAUACAUCUCUAUAAUUCGGAAUUCAAGAUUGGUCGAUACAGGCAGCCGCAGUCGCAAGAAAAUAUAGCUAACGAGAUACUGGCAGCUCAGAAGUUACCAGAAAAUCUGCAUGGCGUCAUGACGAUUGAUUUGGUACAGCACACGAGGGAUGACAAAGCACGCUACCAAGCUUAUGUCACUGGUUCUCAGUCGCACCUUUCUCUUCACAAUCCCUGUCUGCAUCUGGCCGAACAGCAACGCGCGGUAAAUAUAACUCUGAUAUUUACUAGAAUAUUAAC